GCCAAGAUGGCGGCGGCGCUGGGGGCGCUGCUGGCGCUGCUCGGUGUGUCACCUGUCCAGGUGUGGUCUCUCCAGGUGACAAUCCCCGAACCCCGCACCGUGGCUCUCCUGUUCCAGCCGGUUCUGCUGCGCUGCCAAUUCCAGGUGAGCUCACCUGGGCCCCCCCCCAUCGUCACCUGGAAGUACAAAUCCUUCUGUCCCGACACCUGGAGCUCACCUGGCGCCUCGGGGGCCUCACCUGGCGCCUCGGGGGCCUCACCUGGCGCCUCGGGGGCCUCACCUGGCGAGGCGGCCGCCGCCUGUCCCGACUGGGCUCGCACCGUGCGCAUCGUGGCCACCAAGCAGGGCCAGCAGGUGACACUGGGAGAUUUCUACCUGGGCAGGGCCGUCACCAUCCAGGGAGGUGCGGAGCUGAGCCUGGGCCCCGCGGCGUGGGGUGACAGCGGGCUGUACCUGUGCACCGUCACCUCCACCACCGACCUGCAGGGCAACAACGAGGGCGUGGCCGAACUGGUGGUACUGGGGUCGCUGCCCGAGGGCUCCCGGCUCCUGCCCGAGGGGACCCUGCCAGACUGGCUGUUCGUGGUGCUGCUGCUGUUGGGGGCGGGGCUGUUGCUGUUGGGGGCGGGGCUGUGCUGGUGCCAGUGCUGCCCCCACACCUGCUGCUGUUACCUGCGCUGCCCCUGCUGCCCCCGCACCUGCUGCUGCCCCGAGGCGCUUUACCUGGCCGGGAAAGCGGCGACGUCGGGGGGCGCCUUCGGCCCCUCCCCCCACCCCGGACUGCCCCUUCAGCUCCUCGGGAGCAGCCAGAGCUCUCAGGUGCCGCUGCUGAGGGACAGCGACAGCUCAGGUGAGCCCGGGGUGAUUGACAGCUGUCAAUCACGGGACCGGGGCCGGUAA